AAGCUUGCGUUCCAAUACAAGAACCAUCACCACCUCAAGACAUGGCUGAAGUCAUGCCUGAAGUCAUGCAGCAAACUGUUGCACAAAUUGGUGGCCGAAAACCAGUAGUUUGGUUGUUUCAGAAGGAUUUAACAAAAAGCGAUACAAUACGCCAACAUGGAAGGAUAUUCAUAUCUUAUAUUGUGAAAGAAUAUCUGAUACCGGCUGAGAUUAAGAAGCACCCGGUUUUUAAGGGUGUUGAGAGUAAUAGAUCAAAAAAGGAGAAGGAAGACUACUCUGUUACAUUGGUUGAACCAGAUGGAGAAACAUCAGAAAUUGAUUUCAAGAUCUGGUGUUCUCUGAGCAGCAAGGGUGAUCGACAACUUGUAGGUGACGGCCAACCCGUCUUGACCGGAUCCAAGUGGAACGCAUUGGUUCGCAAAUACAACAUGGUAGUAGGAACUAAGUUACAGUUUUGGUGUUUCAGAAAGGCAGAUUCAAACGAGCUUUGUUUUGCCAUGAAUAAUAACGAUGAAUAAAAAAAAUAACAUGGAAAAUAAACAAGGUUUGCAGAUGCCAGCCAUCAUCAACUACAGCAAACAUGAUGGUGUUCUACUUUUUCGCAAUAUUUUAUCGUAAUAGCCAGGAAGCACUGUUUUAAUCAAUAUCUAAAAAGGAUCCGUAUGAGAUUUGGUUGGUAACCUAGCAACAUGCUAGGUUACCAACGUCCUAUAUU